CGCUGCGGGACAUUGAUAUAGCGCCAAGGAGCAUUCCCUUCAAUCUCUUCUCCUUUUCGCUACUCUCGAGUCCAAUCCAAAUGGCUGCCUUCGACAGUUGGGUUAGCAACCCGGACGAGAGCCAUGGACCGCUUAUGUCCGUCGUCACCUGGUCGCUGGUCUCAGUGGCUGCUGCCUUUUUGAUUCCUCGGCUUUGUAUUCGCCAGCGUCAAGGGAAGCUGUGGCUAGACGAUUGCACACUUGUCGUCAGUUGGAUCUUACUUCUGAUCCAAGUCUCCAUCAACCAAGUAUCUAUCAACUUAGGCUACGGAGGACAUACACUUGACCUCGACCUGCGCAAUCUUGAUAAAUUGAUGUAUAUUGGCGGAGCGGAACUGACAAUAUAUACCAUCGCCAUUGCCCUUAGCAAGAUCUCUUUCGGACUUACUUUGCUUCGGCUGACAGAUGGAUGGGUCAGACUCUACGUUUACUUUGCGAUCUCUACCCUGGCGAUUUUUGCAGUCCCAGCUACCAUUAUACCAUGGGUGCAAUGCAAACCGCUAGCCAAAACAUUUGUGGAUUUCAUACCAGGCGAAUGCAUCAACAAGCACCCCUCCGUUGUGUAUGGGCGUUUCCAAGCUGUGUGGUCAGCCCUUAUGGAUGUGUCUCUUGCUAUAUUGCCGUGGAAAAUUCUUUCGAACCUGCAAAUGCGCACCGCAGAGAAGAUCGGUGUAUGUGUCGCCAUGAGUCUGGGAAUACUAGCUGGAGUCACGUCAAUUAUCAGAUCCACAUACAUCGAGAAAUUGACAGUACAGGAUGUAUCAUAUGAAUCGUACAAAUCUAUUAUAUGGGCAGUCGCAGAGUGCUCCAUGGCCAUCGUCGCUACCUCAAUUCCAGUACUUCGCGUGGUUUUCAAGCAUGCGCUCAACUCCGCGAUCGAAGGCUACACGGGCUCGAGUAGAUGCAAAUCACGAAGCAAAUCACGAUCGUACCCUUCCAACGUUGCGAGCUCGGGGAACCGAAUGAGCACACGACAAUCGAGCAAGAAAAUGUCAGAGAUAACGGUCAAUGGAGAAUGCGGUGAAUCUGUGGAAGAGGUGUUUGGACGUGGAUCGAAUGGAUCACAGAACUAUAUAGAGCUUGAUGAUCUGGCAGUCGACGAGACUGGGCGCGUCACUGCUUCGUCUCCAGAAUCUCUGCCAGACCAUGCCGAGCGCCAUGUACCAAAUUGGCCCGUAUGA